AUGCUGGCCGAAAAUGUUUCGCUUGGUGUUCUUGCACUCCCCCAAGCCCUGGCGAUCCUAGGUAUCGUUCCAGGCAUGCUUUGCAUAUGCCUACUGGGGGUCAUCGCCACAUAUACAGGAUACCUAAUUGGCGAAUUCAAACUGGCGCACCCAUCUGUGCAAUCGUAUGCCGACUGCGGGCAGCUGAUGAGUGGGCCCAUCGCCCGUGAGGUGAUUGCUGUUGGACAAGUUUUGGUGUUGGUAUUCAUAAUGGGCGCACAUAUCCUGACGUUUGCGGUUGCCAUGAAUGCAAUGACUGGCCACGGGGCUUGCACAAUCAUCUUCAGUGUGAUUGGACUAGGCGUUUCUUUCCUAUUAGGGCUACCAAGGACGUUCAGGAAUAUCAGCUACUUUAGCAUCUUUUCUUGCGUUUCGGUAAUUGUGGGUGUCACGAUAACCAUGAUCGCCAUCAGUAUCCAAAAGCCAGACAUGAACAACAUGGUGGCCAUACGACCUGACGUACCACUGGUCAAAGGCCUGGCUCCUGUCAUGAACAUUGUGUUGGCCUACACCGGACAUGUCGCCUUCUUUUCCUUUGCAUCCGAACUCAAGAACCCACGCGACUUCCGCAAAGCUCUAUUCUUUGAGCAGGGGAUCGCAGUGACGUUCUAUCUCCUCAUAUCAGCGGUCAUAUACUACUACGCUGGACCCCUCGUGUCCUCGCCAGCCUUGGGUUCUGCGUCGCCUCUGGUUAGCAAAAUUUGUUUUGGCAUAGCUCUCCCGACUAUUAUUGUCGCCGGUGUUGUCAAUGGCUCGGUAGCUACCAAGUACGUCUACCUCAGGGUGUGGAAGGGCACAAAUGAAGUGCACACCAACAGCUGGAGAAGCCUGGGUAGUUGGUGGGGGAUUUGCUCUGGAGCAUGGCUGGCAAGUUGGGUUUUGGCUGAGGCGAUUCCAAACUUCAACUUGCUGCUGGGCUUGAUCGGCGCGCUCUUCGGGAGCUGGUUCAGCUAUGCUUUUCCUCCACUACUGUGGCUGUGGCACAAUAAAGUCAAUGGAAGACUAUUCUCAUCAAAGCGGCAGACAGUCUUUACAGUCUUGAAUUCGUCGAUAGUGUUGUUGGGGAUGGCCAUUUUUGGCCUGGGCAUGUGGUCGUCUGGGUGGGCCUUGCAUGAUGGUUCCGGCGGCAAGGUGUUUUCUUGUGAGAACAAUUGGCAUCCCGUCAGUUGGGUAGCGGGAGGCACAGACGACGGCUGACCGUGUUGGUUACUAUUCCGAGUUGGAGAGAAAGGGCGCUUCUCCUCUGGGACAGGGUCGGCCAAGGCCCCAUCCUACCAUGUAAAUAUUCUGGAUGGCAUAUGUAUACAUAACCGUAAAAGCUGCGCGCAUCAGGUAUGCAUGCGCAG